AUGUCUGAUCACGUUGAAGACGACGAGGAUGGCUUCGGUGGACCUUUGCUUAUUGAACAGCUUGAAGGAAGUGGUAUUUCAGCUGGAGAUAUCAAGAAGUUGAAGCUGGAAGGCUAUCACACGGUGGAGAGCGUUGCGUACGCUCCAAAGAAGGCGUUACUCACGGUGAGAGGUAUUUCGGAGGCAAAAGCAGACAAAAUCAGCAUUGAGUCUGCUAAGCUUGUGCCUAUGGGCUUUACUACGGCUUCGGAAUUCCACAGUAGAAGAUCUGAGUUGAUCUGUCUCACUACAGGUUCGAAGCAGCUAGACACUUUGCUUGGAGGCGGCGUUGAGACGGGCUCAAUCACGGAGAUUUUCGGCGAGUUCCGUACGGGAAAAUCGCAGUUGUGUCAUACUUUGGCGGUGACGUGUCAGUUGCCUAUCGACAUGGGUGGCGGUGAAGGUAAAUGUCUUUACAUUGACACCGAGGGUACAUUCAGACCCGUGAGACUUGUGCUGAUUGCCCAACGCUAUGGCCUCAAUCCAGAUGACUGUCUUGAUAAUGUAGCGUACGCUAGGGCAUAUAACGCGGAGCACCAGUUCCAACUCUUGCACCAAGCGGCGCAGAUGAUGUCGGAAUCCCGUUUCUCGUUGCUUGUGGUGGACUCCAUCAUGUCAUUGUACCGUACAGAUUACUCUGGAAGAGGUGAAUUGUCGGCGAGACAAACGCAUGUGGCAAAGUUCAUGAGAACUUUGCAAAGGUUGGCAGACGAGUUCGGCAUCGCGGUGGUUAUUACUAACCAGGUUGUUGCGCAGGUUGACGGUAUGGCAGGCAUGUUCAAUCCCGACCCCAAAAAGCCUAUUGGUGGUAACAUCAUUGCCCACAGUUCCACGACCCGCUUGUCUUUCAAAAAGGGCAGAGGUGAGCAGCGUAUCUGUAAGAUCUACGAUAGUCCUUGCUUGCCCGAGAGCGAGUGUGUCUUUGCAAUUUACGAAGACGGUAUUGGCGAUCCAAAGACAGAAGAGGAUGAUUCAUAA